AUGGUACUUAGACAUGUCGACUCCGAAGGGCGAGAUGACGGCCCGCCCCCGCUGGACGACGACGACCUGCUCCCCGAGAUCCUCCUACGCCUCUCCCCGCAGCCGUCCUCCCUCCCGCGCGCAUCCCUCGUCUGCAAGCGCUGGCGCCGCCUCGUCUCCGACACCGGAUUCUCCCGCCGCUUCCGCCUCCGCCACCGCCGCAACCUUCCUCUCCUCGGGUUCUUCGACAGGCACCUCUCCUUCUCGCCUACUCUGGAGGCCCCCAACCGUGUCCCUCCCGGCCGCUUCUCCUUGCAGCGCGACGACGACGACGACGACCACUUUGUGCCCCUUGGAUGCCGCCAUGGCCUCGUGCUCAUCUACAUUCCGGCGCGUCUUCAGAUCCUGGUGUGGGACCCCAUCACCGCCGACCAGCACUACAUCGCCAUUCCCCCUGCGGUUGUGGCAUGUGCGUCGAAGACUCCGGUCAACGGGGCGGUGCUUCGCGCUGCCGGAGACGUCCAACACUUCCAGGUGGUCUUGGUAGUGGCAUACGAUGACGACGAACAACAUAGACGGGUGCUCGCCUGUGUUUACUCGCCGAAGACUGGCUUAUGGGGAGAUCCCAUCUCAACACCCCUUCCAUGCCAGGCAGUCCAGGUCGAUGUAAUCAGUUUUCCUACCCUCGUUUCUACGAAUGUUGCUGUGCUGGCUGGAGAUUCCCUUCACUGGCUGCUUGUUGGGAAUUUCAAUGGCAUUCUCGAGUUUGAUUUGGAGAAGCAGAGGCUAGCUGUGAUACGGCUGCCAGACGAGGUCAACUGCUGGAAGCUUAUGCGGGCAGAGGGCGGUGGGCUUGGUCUCCUCGGGAUGUCUAACUCAAACUGCAACACCCAGUUAUGGAAGCCCAAAACCUAUUGUGAUGGUGUUGCUUCAUGGGUGCUUCGAAGGACUAUUGAUCUGGAGAAUAUACUUCCCCUGAAACCAGCGGAGAAAGGAGCCAUUGUGAUACUAGCGCUUGCUGAAGACAAUAAUGUGUUGUUGCUGUGGACAAUUAUCGGCCUCUUCGUGGUCGAUCUUGAGUCAUUAAAGUUCAAGAAGCUUUUCGAAACUAUGAUAGUUUCUCACUAUUAUCCAUUCAAAAGUGUCUACACUGCAGAAACUGGCAUUGGUGGUGGACAUGAUGGACCUGAUCUUUUGCACAAGACAUAA